UAUAGACGCAACGUUCACCAGCUCCCGCAGUGAUCAUUGUCAACCAUGGUAGCCUGGUUCUUUGUCUCCAUCUCCAUCUCCAUCUCUCUUCUCCUCAAACUCAUCUUCAACUAUCUCUUUCAAACAAGAAAACCAUCUCGAAACCUCCCACCAGGGCCCUAUCCUCUCCCCAUCAUCGGUAACUUGUAUUUGUUGCGCAAAUCUUUUAAUGACCUUCAGUGUAUGCUUCAGUCCCUUCAUGCCGACUUUGGUCCUAUAAUCACCCUCCACUUUGGUUCCCGCCCUGCUAUUUUCAUUGCUGAUCGCUUUCUUGCCCACCAAGCCUUAGUUCAAAAUGGUGCCAUUUUUGCUGACCGUCCUCCAGCUCCUGCUUUAAAUGGUAGAGAGCGAGUUGGUAUCACCACUGCCCUCUAUGGCUCCACAUGGCGUGUGCUACGCCGUAACCUUACAGCAGAAAUGCUUCAUUCUUCUCGUGUGAAAUCUUAUUCACAUGUACGUAAGUUUGUGUUGGAAAGACUCCUUAAACUCCUCAAGGUUCAGUCUAAAUCUGGUGAUCAUCCGGUGCAAGUGGUGGAACAUUUCCGAUUCUCCAUGUAUAGCUUGCUAGUUUUCAUGUGUUAUGGCGACAAGAUUGAAGAAAAUAAAAUCAAGGAAAUAGCAGAAGUUGAGAGGAAUCUGGUGUUGAGUUUUAGUCGAGUGAGUAUGAUUUCUAUUUGGCCAAGAGUAACAAAGAUUGUAUUUCGUAAACAGCUGAAAAAAUUCUUUCAACUACAAGAAAAAUCGAAAGAUUUAGUUGUCCCUUUGAUACUAGAGCGAAAGAAGGUGAAGGAAGAGAAGUUGAGUGAAGGUGAAAAUUAUCAGGUCAAUAACAAAUAUGUCUCAUGCUACGUUGAUACCUUGUUAAAUUUGCAGCUACCAGAAGAGAAUAGGAACCUUAGUGUGGAAGAAAUUCUUGGUUUAUGCUCAGAAUUUCUCAACGCAGGAACAGAUAAUACAUCCACACUGUUGCAAUGGAUUAUGGCAAAUUUGGUGAAAUAUCCAUAUAUCCAGGAGAAGUUGUUCGUAGAGAUUAAAGGGGUCAUGGGAGAUGAUCAUGAAGAAAUGGUGAAAGAAGAUGAUUUGCAGAAAAUGCCAUAUCUAAAAGCAGUGAUCUUAGAAGGGUUAAGGCGGCAUCCUCCCCUUCACUUUUUGAUACCUCAUGCAGUGAAAGAGGAUGUGGUUUUUAAUGGUUAUUUGAUGCCAAGAAAUGCAACUGUGAAUUUCAUGACAGGAGAUAUGCGAAUCGACCCAAAGGUGUGGGAAGAUCCAAUGUCAUUUAAGCCAGAGAGGUUUCUUAGUACUGAUCAUAAUGAGGAUGAAGAGGGAUUUGAUAUAACAGGGAGUAAGGAGAUUAAAAUGAUGCCAUUUGGUGCUGGAAGAAGGAUUUGUCCAGGGUAUGCGUUGGCCAUACUUCAUUUAGAGUAUUUUGUGGCAAAUUUUGUCUGGAAUUUUGAAUGGAAAGCUGUAGAUGGAGAUGAUGUCAACCUGGAAGAAAAACAGGAGUUCUCAGUAUGGAUGAAGCAUCCAUUGCAAGCCCUUAUAUCUCCAAGAUUUUGAUGAGAAUACACUCAAUUGUAUACUUUCAGUUGUUAAAACUUGAAACCUUUCCACUAAACUCUGCUUAUGCUUUGCUUGAGCUUGCUGUUACAGUUAUUGUAGUGUUUCUUACCAGCAGGAAGGCAAGAAUUAUCAAUUUCAAGAAAAGGAAAUCCAAGGUCGCUGCUGCUGCAGUUAUUUUUGUUUUCCUUGUUGAAUUUUAACCUUUUAUUUUCCUGUCAUUGUAU